UUUCCCCCAAAGAAGAAUCAGCAAAGCGUGGUGUGCGUUUUACAGUGAAGGUCCAGGACCGCUGGUGUGGAACUACACUAAACUUGGAUGAGCACAACGUAAAGAUAACCCAGGUUAAAAAACAACAACAACAACAAGGAGCGACCCACGCCUGCUGCGAAAAUGCUCGUCUUGUUUGAGACCGCUGCAGGCUUUGCCAUUUUUAAAGUUCUUGAUGAAUCCAAACUGCAGCAGAUCGACAGUCUGUACAAGGAGUUUGAGACCCCUGAAAAGGCAAAUAAAAUUGUGAAACUAAAGCACUUUGAGAAGUUCCAGGACACGACUGAGGCUUUGGCAGCUGCCACCGCCCUUGUCGAGGGUAAAAUUAGUAAAAGUUUGAAGAAGGUGCUGAAGAAGAUGGUGGCUAAGGAGGCUCACGAACAGCUGGCCAUCAGUGAUGCAAAACUCGGUGGCGUCCUCAAAGAGAAGCUGGACCUUAGUUGCAUCCACAGCCCUGCUGUCGCCGAACUCAUGAGGUGCAUCCGGAGCCAGAUGGAGGGCCUCAUCUCGGGACUUCCACCCCGGGAGAUGAGCGCCAUGUCGCUGGGCUUGGCUCAUAGUCUGUCCCGUUACAAGCUCAAGUUCAGCCCGGACAAAGUGGACACCAUGAUCGUGCAGGCUAUAUCGCUGUUGGACGACCUGGACAAGGAGUUGAACAAUUACAUCAUGCGCUGCAGAGAGUGGUACGGCUGGCACUUCCCCGAGAUAGGGAAGGUCAUCACCGACAACUUGGCCUACUGCAAGACGGUCUUGAAAAUCGGCGACCGCACCAACGUGGCCGCCAGCGACCUAUCGGAGCUGCUCCCCGAGGAAACCGAGGCCGAGGUGAAGCUGGCGGCGGAGAUCUCCAUGGGAACCGAAGUCUCUGAGCAGGACAUCAGUAACAUUCGGCACCUGUGCGAGCAGGUGAUAGAAAUUUCCGAGUACCGCGCUCAGCUAUACGACUACCUGAAGAACCGGAUGAUGGCGAUCGCCCCCAAUCUGACGGUGAUGGUGGGCGAGUUGGUCGGCGCCCGUCUCAUCUCGCAUGCCGGUUCGCUGUUAAAUCUGGCAAAGCACCCAGCCUCCACAGUUCAGAUUCUGGGGGCAGAAAAGGCACUCUUCCGAGCACUCAAGACCCGCAAGGACACGCCAAAGUACGGUCUCAUCUACCACGCCUCUCUUGUGGGCCAGACCACUGCCAAGAACAAGGGCAAGAUCUCCAGAAUGUUAGCGGCCAAAACAUCCCUUGCCAUCCGCUAUGAUGCCCUCGGGGAGGACACAAAUGCAGAAAUGGGUGUGGAGAACCGAGCCAAACUGGAGGCCAGGUUACGGCUUUUAGAGGAGAAAGGAAUUCGAAGGAUCAGUGGAACCGGCAAAGCCAUGGCCCAGGCAGACAAAUAUAUGCACAAGAGUGAAGUGAGACUAUAUGACCCGUCUGGGGAUUCUUUGAUCCCCUCCACUUCAAAAAAGAGGAAGUUUGACGAGAUUAAGGAGGAGGAGGAAGAAGAGGCUUCAACGCCUCCGGUGAAAACCAAAAAGGUCAAAAAGGAACAAAGAGCGGCAGCAGAGGAAGAAGACGAAACGUCUGCUGCUGCCACUGAAGAGCCCCCCAAGAAAAAGAAGAAAAAGAAGAGAGAUAGCGGUGCUGAGGUGCCAAAAGUGGAGGAAGAGAGUGUUGCGGUGACUGAGCCAACAGAGAAAAAGAAAAAGAAGAAAAAGAAGGAGGCGGAAGACUGAAAAGAACAAUGUAUAUUUUUGGGGAUUUGUCUUUUUUUCAGUCGUGCGGUUUUCUUUUUCUUUAAGGUAGUCAAAUGUUAACAUUGUGUCUCAUUUAUGGGUUUUUUUCUGACAGAGGUUUGCCUGGACUGAAAAAGUAAAAUGUGAACCUUUUUAAUGACCAUGAUUUAAAGUUAGUAUUUGAACAUCCGUAUCAAAUCUGCUCCGGUGCAGACUAAGACACAAACUUGAAGACUGCAGAAGCAAUAAAUAUAUUGCAUUAUG